UCGUCCCACCUGGGCCUGGACGUUGUUGCUGCCUCAAGACGUUGGAAUGAUUGUUCAACGAAAACGUUAAAUAAUGUGUGCAAAAUGGGCUGUGCAGUGGAUUCCCUCGAUCUUUCACAAUAGUGCGUGGGCCCAUGAAAAGGGAUAUGAGUGUGUAAAAAAGCCUGAAUGUGUAUGCGAAUUUUUGUGUGCGCGAGUGUACGUGUGUGAGCGGUUUCUCCCCAGUGCAAAUCGAAAGCUUUUUGUCAACUGUAACUGAUCCUUUCUUUCCCCUAAUGCCAUAAUGAAAAAAUCAAACAAAAAUAAGGAACAGCUGCUAGUCCGAUAGCCGCCAUGAGGCGAGUGAAGAAAGCUUCCAUACGAUGCUCGGCACUCACACAUCCGGCGUUGAAAUGAAAAGCGAACGAACGUUAAGGAGCAAACGGCAGCACCGACGGAAAAGGGAACCGAUAUAAUAACAGACAACGCAGGCCAAAGGAAGAAAAUGAGCACGCAGCCCCCAGCAAGCAAGGGGAAGACGACGAAGUAAAAAAACAGAACGCCCUCGCCGUGUCUGGUGAAAUUAACGAUACAAUAGCUACCGAUCCACCCGCCGACCCGCUAUCACCAUGCGCGACCCAGUGAAAGAUUGAUAGCACAAACGUGACCUUUUUCUCGCCGGUGUUGCUGCUGCUGCUGGCAAACGAGCAGCGCAGGGUAGCUGUGAAAGGUUUUUUUUGGGGGAAGAUUUCGCACCGUUUUCCGAUGUCAUUUUUGAAACGCGCCUCCGCUAUACCGUCUUUCAUUCCCCGUGGAAAGAUCUCGGGGGGCUCGUAACAGGCAGUCCCGGGUCAGGUUCAUAAUGAACCUAGCGGAUUGCGUUCGUUCGUUCGGUCUCGGGAUAAUUAAUUUCAUCCAUCCUGGGUGCAACCGGGUAUGAGGAGAGACCAUCCUUUUUACUGCCACCAUCGAAACCUCGUUCGGUGUGUUUGGCGUGUACUGACCCGGUUUCCAAUAUCGGGAAAACUUUUGCUCACCGCGUGGGUGACACGCGUAAUGGACGCCAGCGUCGGGGCUACACCGGCGUUAUUUAUGUAGCUUAAAUUUAUCACAGCUCACGACGCAUGUUGUUUGUUCGGGCUGAAACCUUAAAGCUUCUAGGAAAUUGCUCGCCUGCUUGCCGGGGGCAAUGCGCAUUGGAUUGGAGUUUAGAUUGUUUUUUGUUUUGCUUGUUUGUUCAAGCAUUCUGCUAUUUUUAUUUUAUAAAGAAUGAACCACCAGCGAAAGACCAUUCAACUGUUGCUCUUGUUAGGGUGGUGUUGGUUUUAUUUUCUUUUUUAUUUGCCCUAGCAAUAAACCUUCACUCCUGUGGAUGAUGGUUUUAUUUCUCGCCGUUAAACUGAUAGAGGGCAAGAGUAAAAGGUAGGAUGGCCAGGGAAAAAAACCACCAACCCUCCCACAGAAACUUCGCUGACCUCCAGAGCAUUCAGGAUAGGACGGUGGUUAAAACAUCAAGCAAACAAUGAUAGAUCGUUCCGACGAUCAUCAAAAUUCCACUCAGCUUUGCAACAUGACCGACAAACAGUGGCCUUUCCUUUCCGGGAAAGCGGACGAAGAGUGUGUGGCAAAACGGGCCUAAUAAAUAGGACAAAUCGGCUGGACAGGCACCGUGUCCACCACGACCACGACAUGCAGUCGUGCGCCACUCACGUAAUCGUAGCGAGGUGUUUGACCUUCGAGUGCGUGUGAUGCCAUCGCACUGUCCAAACAACGUAGCCGGAUGGGGACAGCUGAGGGCGCCACGUGCUACAAUGUAGCGUCUGGGAUGACAUUAUUGAUAACAUUUGGCUGUGCCUAGAUUUGGAUAAAACUGAAUUGAAAGUUAGUUCUUCUAUUCUAUUGUAACUGAAUUACGCGCCAAGAUUUUUCCAUAUGCUUUUUGUUAAAUUUUGAUAAUUUAGAAGAAAUGUUCAUCAUAUUUACCUAGUGGUUGCCUUUUAAAAGCAUUCAAAGCAAAGCAACAGAGUGGAAAUAUUACCUCAUCUAAGAUAGAAAAAAUAAUUUAAGUUUUACAAAAACAUUAAAUGUUAAUAGACGGGUGUAAAGAAUCUGUUUCGAAGGCCAUGUUAUGGACACGAUAUGAGUGAAAUGAAAUGAAGUGAAAAAUUACCAGGAAGUAUCGAAACGACGAGAACCAAUAAAAUGCCAUGGAAUGCAAUAAUGUAAUACAAUGUGCUUCACAAUUGCACUGAUUACAAUUGAAAUAUAAGAGAAUCUCACCGCAGAAUACGUGAUGUGUGAUAAUGCACCAACAAUAAUAUAACAACAAUGUUCUGCGUUCCUUCCAUGAUAAUUUUUAAUUCAAUAACGUGCGCUUAUUUCAUUUCGUGUUCAAAGAGCAUUUUAAUGAUUCAAUGGAUUCGUUCAAUGGAAUUAAGUGUAUGAGUAUAAAAAAUAUAUUAUUAAAUUGCAGAACAAAGAACAAAGCGUCCACACAGUUUUACAUUACAUGGUUUAUGCUUUCACUGUUAAAAGAAUCGCAUAAGAAUGGAUGGGAAAAAAUUACGCUCGUUUUCAUUUACAUUCGCAACAUCAAGCCAUAUGCUAGGACGGAAGAAUGUGUUUACCAUCAAUACAGUGUGCCGCCUUGCCGGCCCCUACUCACAUACCACCAUUUGCGAUUCUUGCCGUUAUGGAAUUACGGCUCCAAAACCGGUUUGAUGCUAUUUCAACCCCUACCCGCGAACUACUCAUACACAUGAGCGGAGAGUAGCGAAUGCAAUGGACCUGCAAAAGAGAAGAUUGCAGCCGGUUCGCGGACGGAUCCGCACACACAGGGGUUUAUUUAUUUGCAUUUCCACCGUGUUUCCGAUCAUGAAACAAUGAAACCUUAAUGCAAUUAGCUUGUUCCACUGAUUUGUAAAGCAGGAAUGGGGUGGAGCGGGUAUUGGGUUCGAUUUUCCACACGAAUCACUCGCGAAAAUUCGUUUCACGGGCCGGCCGGGUGGGCAUAGCGUGGGUUGCUGGGAGCGACUACACAGCUCGGCAUCAUUUCUCCUUUCUCCUUAGGUGGCGCGCUGCACACCGCCGCAGAGACUCUCUUUCCAAUCGACAAGGGGGCCGCUGCUUUCUUGUCUCUCUUGAUGGUUUGUAUAAACGACCGAACGGGCCGAGCGACCCGGGCGGGCUUUUGGCGCACCCAUUCGUAGGGUCUUAGUGCGUCGGUUCAGACACACGCGAGAGCCGCUGGAGAGGUCGCGGCUAGUUCAAGCGAUAAAGCUCCACCGUGCGGGAUGUGGCCGCCUAAACUCUAGCGUGUGGGCAUGGUGAUUGACAAACGGCGGUCAACCACAGUGCCAUUCUUGCACAGCCAGCAUCGGCAAACUCUUGGCAGUGUUCUGGUACUGGUAUCACCCGGUCUGGCAUCGACCGACGGCACCGGUGUUGCGCAGUGAAUAAAAAGGCCGCAAAACGGAUGACAAUUUGGAAAGUGAGCAAGUGAAAGUGCAGCCAACUUUCGGGCCCAUUGCCGUACGUGACACAGAUGCACGUACGCGUGAAACGGUCAAAUUGGGGAGGAACAUGGUCAGGGCCGGUCAUCAGUGUGCUGGCAGUUCUACUGCUAUCGUGCUGUGUGACUCCGGGCCUGCCAGAGGGCAUCAAGCUACCUGAUCAAACCUCUGGCGCGAGCAACGGUGGACCUCAGCUUCCGCCGCAACAACCGCCUGCAGUCGGCGAAGAGCGGCGACAGGGCAAGAACCUGUUCGACUUUAUCGGGCUUGGAACCGGUGGUAAUGUGGAUCCCUAUCUGGCACGCACGAACGCGCAGUGCUUGAACGGAGAGCUGGCCGAAUGCUUCAAGUCCCAGGCCCUGCAGACGUUCGGCGAAUUCUUCGACAAGGAUCAGUACCAACUCACCAGCGAUGCUAGGCUUGUUCGGCUACCAGAAACACAGCUCCGGUCACUGGCACAGGAAGGCUACGAGUUUGUGGGCGAAUCGAGACACUCUGACUCCGAGUGGGAGCUGUUGUACAAGUACGCCCUUAGGCGACUGGAGCGUUUUGUCAAGUCGACGGCGCUGGAAUUCCACAUCCCCGACGACAUCACCGAGGAAGGACGGUACUCUGCGCGCUUCAUCGACGAAAUUUCUGACGAGAUUGACGUAAUAGAGGACAAGAAGGCGCCGCUGUUUACUCGGCAUCGGCUAAAGAAGAUCUUCAUUCCACUGCUGCUGAUACUGAAGGUGUUCAAGCUGAAGCUGCUCCUGUUCCUGCCUCUCGUGCUGGGACUGGCUAGCUUUAAAAAGUUGCUCGGCUUUCUGGCCAUCGUUGUGCCGGGUGUGAUUGGGUAUCUGAAGCUGUUCAAACCAAACCAGAGCUGCUGCACGAACGACAUCUUCUCCGGUGGCUAUCAGCCGCAGUACUCGCCACAGGGCCUUGGUUCGAUCGGCUACAGCCCGUUCAAGGAGUACGCCGGGCAGAAUCACUACUCUCGGCCAGAUGUCGGUGGGUAUGCCUCGCCGUACGGUAACUACUAUCGGGACUCGGGACGGGCCGAUCUGCAAGGCGGCAAUGUUAAGUUUGGAGAUGAUCUCGCUUACCAAGGCUACUCGGAGCAGUAUCGUAGCAGCGGCAAGGACGUUAAGGCUGAGAGCUAAACGCAGGCAGUCGGGGAAGUUGUCAUAUUUUGUAUCGUGCAUCACAUCGUUUUCAUUCUUGCGUGUUAAUGCCAUGCUAGUGUAAAUAUUUAUGACGUGUAAAAUAAAGUAAUCAAUUCGUGA